AUGAAGAUUAAAAGGGAAAACGAGGAAGACAUCAACCUCCAAGACGACAAGAAAGCUAAAUUGGAAGAAAAGAAGGAUGACAUUGCCAUUGAUUCUGAGUUGCUUGGACAGCAGUCCUCGUACUCUAACGAAGACAAUGCAGAUCCUGCAAAUGCUGCAGCAGCCGCAUUGAGCACUCAGCAGCACCACCAUCAACAAAAUCAACAGCAAGAAGACCAACAACAGGCAGCAGUGGCUGCUCAACACCUCCAGCAACAGCAACAACAGGCAGCUGUUCAGUUACAACAACAACAGCAACAACAUCAACAACAACACCUUGCAUACCAAGCAGCUGCUAACAAACAGCUGCAACAAGGAUCCCCACAACCGGGUUUACCCUCACAUAUCCAGCCAACUACGUUACCUCAUACUCCACAGUCUAACAAACCUCAACAUGGCUCAGACGAGUGGCACAAACUUCGUAGAGAGAACCACAAGGAAGUUGAGAGAAGAAGACGUGAGGCUAUUAACCAAGGAAUCAAGGAGUUGGCUGCUUUGAUCCCAACUCCAGAUCCAAAUAAGGCUCAAAUAUUGCAAAGAGCAGUGGAAUUCAUCAAGAGAUUGAAGGAAAAUGAAAGUAAUAAUAUUGAAAAGUGGACCCUUGAGAAGUUAUUGACUGACCAGGCAGUUGCUGAGUUAAGUGCCUCCAAUGAGAAGUUGAAACAGGAGUUGGAAAGAGCUUAUCGUGAAAAUGAACAUUGGAAGAAGUUAGUUCAAUCUAAGGAUGAAAAGAAAUAA